UGUGUGUAGUGUGUUACGCGAAAAGUGACCACUGCAACCAAAUCUCGAGCAAUGGCUGGUUCCGAGCAUUUCCGAACACUUUUAUACACAGUAAACAAUUUGCUUCUGCAGGAAAAAUAUAAGGUGUUUCUUGCCGUUAUAAAAGGAUUCAGAAAUGGAGCCGUAUAUGGAGCAAAAAUCCGAGCCCCCCACGCCCUUGUGAUGACGUUUCUGUUUAAAAGUGGAAGCCUGAAAGACAAACUGAAAGCCAUUGCUCAGGCAACGUACACUCACUCCCGCAACUUGGCCUACUUUGUAUUCACAUACAAGGGGCUUCAGGCCUUGCAAGAAAGAGUCCAGGGGAAGAGCCUGCAGUCUCAGUCCUUCCUUGCGGCCUGCCUUGGAGGUUGGCUGGUGUUUGGAGACAACAACCACAUCAACAGCCAGAUCAACAUGUACCUGCUGUCUCGGAUUCUCUUUGCCCUGUCCCGCUUGGCUGUGGAGAAAGGCUACGUGCCGCAGCCGAAGAGAGAUCCGUUCCCCCUGUUUGCGGCUCUGGUGUGGGGCGUCGUUCUCUGGCUCUUCGAGUAUCACCCCCACACCCUGCAACCAUCGCUGCAGUCCUCCAUGAACUACCUGUACCACGACAGCAACAUGUGGCACGACAUCUCCGACUUCCUUAUCUACAACAAGCCAAGGACUGGGUCCCAGAAGUAAAGCUAAGCUUCUUAUCCUGAAAGAUCCAGAGGAAAUUUAGUACAGGCUUUUUAAUUAUUAGGCUAAAUAUAAGUAGCUGGAAACUUUUUACGGAAAGGGGAUGUGGUCUUGCACCUUAACGUUAACGGUUGGACACCUUAACAUAUCAGAUAAUUUGCAUUUGAAGUACUUUACAUAAGUACGUUCAUUUUGAACGUUUGAUUAAAAAUUAACUUGGUGUGCAAGGUCAUACUCGAUGCAUUGUAUGCAUUUCUUGUUCUUUUGAACAUGGGAACUGUAGCAUCUAUGGAAUGUGACUUAAGCAGGGCACUCCUCUUAAAUUUUAGCAAUAAAGCUACUAUGUGUGAAUGAGGAAAAAAAUCACUAGAUUUUAAUUGUAAUUAUUUUACUGUUACGCUUUGGUAACAUUGUUAUUUCAGAGAUGCACACAAACGUCACCGUUUGUACAUAUUGUAAUUCAUAUAUUCACAUUGUAUAAUAAUUUCUGUGUUUUUCAGUAUAGUGUGUGAUUGUACAUUAAUUAUUAUGCCUCUCCUGGAUUCAUUAAAGCCUGGGUCAAGGCCUCAGGGCAGUAUUUUGGUGAAUGGCGAUGUUCUCCUAAUUCCAUUUUGAUACUCGGCAGUGUGUGUGAGCUGAAGAUGCAGUGUGCUGAGGUAAAAUGUGGGACAUGCAUAUACAGCUUUUCUAAGAAUUACACUCCUCUGACGGUCCUGCACUUUUGUUUAGAUUCCUCUGGAGACAUAAUUCAUCUUGUGUUCCAGCAACCAUAACAAACCUAUGUGCAUGUCAUGAACUGAAACGCCCAUUACCCGACUCUGAAUUUGUUUUCAAUUUAACACGGCAUAAAUCUGUUGAUGAAGGUCUUCUUUAAAAAGGCACUUUUCCUUAGAGUAGAGUAGUGUGAAUUCUUGGGAAUGAAGACCAUAGUGCAUACCAGAACUUUGCAUUCCAGGUACAUGUUUGGGCCGGUGAAUCAAUUUUUAAAAAUUAAUCACACUCAUUUUCAGUAAUUUGGUGUGUAAACAAAAUGCAGAAUGUGUUUGAAAAUACCCUGUGCUGCUAACUAAUUUACACAUUUGCAAAAGUGUGAUAAAUAAAUUCUUGAAUGCAAAAGCAGGAAGACAACA